ACAUGAGGGAGGGAGAUGGGGAGGGAGGUUGAGAAAGAGAAAGAGCGCCACUCACUACGAGGGAACCCCAUCAGCUGGAAGUAGAGUAUCAUUACAACUCUUCACGCUCAGCAGACGUUGCUUUCGUACACAAACAACUGCAAAUUCACUCGCGUAAUCUGAAUUGUUGUUCUUAAAUGCGCAAUUGCUCGCGAAUACACAGCGGAGCAGAGCGACGAUUCACAAAAAGCGAAGUGUUAGGAAGAUUCGCGGACUCAAAGCUGGAGAGGAAAGCAUGGAGUAUUUCAUGGUACCAGCUCAGAAGGUGCCCUCCUUGCAACAUUUUAGGAAAACGGAAAAAGAAGUCAUAGGGGGCUUGUGUAGUUUAGCAAACAUCCCCCUCACACCAGAGACGGCACGGGACCAAGAACGACGCAUUCGCAGGGAGAUCGCGAACAGCAAUGAGCGCAGGCGCAUGCAGAGCAUCAACGCUGGUUUUCAGUCCCUCAAAACACUCAUACCACAUAGUGAUGGAGAGAAGUUGAGCAAAGCUGCCAUCUUACAGCAGACUGCCGAAUACAUCUUCUCUUUGGAGCAGGAAAAGACACGGUUACUGCAGCAAAAUACACAGCUUAAACGCUUCAUCCAGGAGUUCAGUGGCUCAUCCCCAAAGAGAAGACGUGCAGAGGAGAAGGAUGAAGGAAUAGGCUCUCCAGAUAUUCUGGAGGAGGAGAAGGUGGAGGACCUACGGCGAGAAAUGAUUGAACUCCGGCAACAGCUAGAGAAAGAACGCUCAGUGCGCAUGAUGCUGGAGGAACAGAUUCGCUCUCUGGAUGCCCACCUAUACCCUGAGAAACUGAAGGUGAUCGCCCAGCAAGUGCAGGAGCAGCAUGUGCAGACACAGACCUUGCUUCGCCUGCAACAGCAAGAACAACUGGAGCGAGAAAGCACUCCUGCCCGCAGUACACAGGUAUAUUCUCCAGCCACACCAUCUGCCCCCACCCAUCACACCACUGUUAUUGUUCCUGCCCCUACGUUGCCACCUCCUCCCCAUCAUGUCACAGUGGUAACUAUGGGCCCUGCCUCUGUAAUUAACACAGCAUCGACAUCACGACAGAACUUGGACACCAUAGUGCAGGCUAUCCAGCACAUCGAAGGCACACAGGAGAAGAUGGGUGUGCCUGAGGAAGAGCAGCGUCGGGCAGUUAUUGUCACCCCGGGCCGCAUCUUGAAUGACACCGCAGACUCGGACACUGCCUCUGACAAUGAAGGUUCUGAGGACUGUUAACUACACCAGGCAAAUAAGGUGGCCAUAUGGAGGGGCCUCCUACAGACUCUUUCUCACUCCCUCUCAUUAUGUCAUUCUCAUAUAGGAAUACAAACCCAUAGGGUAGGAAAUUUAGUCAAAGGUUCUAAACUAAAUAGCAAACUUACCAUCUCACCCCACAUACACACUUGGACUUGUGCACUAGACUAUUUUAUCCCUCUGGCCCAUGAUGUUCAUCCAUCCAUACUUCCAAAACAGGCCUUCAGUUGCAAAAAAAGCAUUUUCUUUUCCAUUCAUAUAUGAUGUUGAAAUGAAUCAGCCUCAAACAACUGUCUCAUGUGGCUUUUCUUCUGUGUUCUCCCACUGUCUACCGCUUUUCUCUGGACUCGACAGUUUCUUGGGCUUUGUGUGUCACUCUUCCCUUCCUUUUUUUCCUGUAAAAAUUCUCUUACUCGAGAACCUCUGACCUACCAUCCCGUCCCUCUUGUACCUUCAACCGUCUACUGAAUCUUUUGAUUUCUCCAAACAUCCCUCAAUUCUCCCUUCUGACCUAGGGAUGCUUUAUAGCACAACUGUGAGUUUACCUGACAUCAGAAGCCAAAUGUACUGUUCCAUUGGCUUUGAAGUUUUAGAGUAAAUGACAUGAGUACAGCUGUCAUGGGAAUCCAUUUAAGGUGCCUCUGGACCCAGCAGUGCUCCACCGUAUAAAAUGCAAAAUUCAUCACUGCUUUGGGCACUUUGUAAAAGGUCUUUUGGGGGGAGGGGGCAGAAUGUGCACUUGGUGUUAUUCACACUCAGCUGGGCUGGGUUCCCAGUACAAUACUUAUGUAGGCAACAUGCCCCUACCACUACAUCAAACUCUCAGCUCUUUUGUUGCUCCUGAUGUUUUAUCUAUUUUGUCUGUCAAAAUUGAAUAAGCUAAGCAGUAGGUGUUCUGCAGAGAGAUGAAUUUGCCUUGUGUGUGGUUCUACUAGGAACAUACAUGCAGUGCUGAUAUUAGCUGGCAGCCUAAGGGUCAGUCUUUCAUCAAGAAAGAGUGGCACUAGCAGAUUUCUCAAAGCCCAUGAGCACCCUGCAGCUCCCUCAACAGCUAUUAGCUAAUGUAGCCUCUUUGGAUAAUUUAAAGAAGCACAUCUGUCUUCAGCGUUGCUUUAGUUGAUUUUGUGACCAAGGCUGUUGGUAUUAGCUGCACUGAAUUUUGCUAGGCCUUUUUUUUUAAUUAAAAAAUUAUUAUACAUCAUAUACACUUGUUCAAUGCAUUCAGUGGUUUACUCUGUUUGCUGGAAUUGUUUUUUUUUUUACAUUUUAUUUUUCAGUCCUUUUCUGUGUACAGCAAUGUCCUAUAGAGCUUUACCUCCUCUAAUUGGAGUUGUAUGGUUACAUGUGCUCUCUGAUACGUCCCAAUCUUUGGAGAAGAAGGAAAAAAGGAGUGCAGACUCCAUGAUAGCCUACCUAGCAGUGGUUUGCCUUAACCUCUGUUUUGGAGAAAUAGCCUGAAGUUGACUUGCAGCAUAGAACUAUUCAAAUGAUCAGUCUUACCCCAUCCCAUUUGUCCCCUCUCAUGGCACAAUGGCAUGAACAUGGGUGGUGAUUUCAAGCAUUCCAGAAUGUCCUAGCACCAGGUCUGUGUUCAGUUUUCUCCUGGCUCUGCAAGUGCGAUUUUAAUAGCUCUAAUUAUGAACAGAUAUGACAAAUCUGUGUAUAAACGUGACUUAAACAAAUUAUGCCUGGCCCAAUGUUACAGGGAACCACUUGCUACUUGGCAUAUUGCUUUUCUUUCAGGACUUGUUAAAUGCUGUCAGCAUGCUGGCUUUCUCUGUUCUUCCCAGUCAGGCUUCAGUGUUGACAGCUGAGAAGUAGGGCUUCUAAAAGAAUGGGCCCAUCAGAUAACAGAUGGAGUGGAGUUUUAUAUGAGAGUGAUGUCAGAUUUGGGUUAUGAAGAGCUGUGGGUUUUUUGUUUGUUUGUUUGUUUUUUAGUCAGGUUUUGUUUUCUUGCUGUAUUUCUAUGUAUAAAACCUCAGAGGUUCCUCAAAACUCAGAAAUUUCUCUAUCAAAGUCACAGGGUGUCUGCUUUUUUUAUUCUACUUUAUACUUUCAGAUGUCUGUAAAAAUACUGUUAAAAAAAAGACUGUCAGGGGAAUGUGUAUGUGAGGGUUUAACCAAUAGUGUAUAAAAUUAUGGAUCUAAAGCACUUAACUUUUUAAAAGAUGCCUCCUCAAUUGAAGCUCCUGGUGCUGUGAGUCCAAACCAUGCAGCUGUUGAACUCUUCUUGACUCUUGGUAUGUCUCUGAAGUCUCUAGACUCGUCCCCUCUCUCAUCCCUCCCUCCCUCCCUCUUUCUUCAUGUCAACUCCUCCCAUUUUUGUUGGACACUCUGUCCCAUUUGGUUGUUGAAAAGCUGUUAUAUUUUGUUCUUUUUUUUAAAGAAAAAAAAACUUGGGAAAGAGGCAUGUGCCUUUGUAAAGACAGAAUAAAGUUUGUACUUCGUUUUUUUACAAGUUAA